AUGCUUGCUAGUAAAAUACUGGGAAAGAGAUCGGGAGGGCAGAAAGAUUCAGGAGAAUACACGAAAAAGGGUAUGAAAGCUGUAAAUUCUGAACUAAUUCGGCACUUCGAGCCUCAUCCUCAGCAAUCAAAAGGGUUAUGGAAGGCAGGAUUGCGCAUCUGGGUUACCAACUCGGCACUUCGUGCCUCAUCUGGCAAUCAAAAGGAUCAUAAAAGGCGGAAUUGCACAUCUGGGUCACCAACUCGGCACUUUGUGCCUCAUCCGGCAAUCAAAUGGGCAUCUCCAAACCUCCAACUAACCACCACCUCGAAUGUGACAGGAAGCAACUUAAAAGGCCAGCAAAUGGACCACACCCUCGACCUCAAAUAUGGCAACCAAAAGGGUCAUAGAGUGGAAAAACAAACCUAUGCCCUGCUUAGCGACCAAACAGUUACAGACCAGUAA